AUGAUAUCCACCCGCAAGUUACGUCUCGUAGUGAUCGCUCUCGCGGCUAUAUGUGUUGUGUUUGUCCUCUACACCCAGAAGGAUUCAUAUUCGUUGGCCGAGUCUGAAUCAGCUCAACAUGGAAGCCUUAUCGAAUCUGCCAACAACGCCAAAACAGACGCGGCCAUCAACAAGGAAAUCUCCAAAGAUAAAGACGGAACAAACAGUCCUCAGCAACAAGGAUCCGUCAAAUUGCCAGCUGAGCCUAUUACAUCCGGUCCAUUCGAUCCAGCCACCGAAUUUCUUAACACCAGAGCAAUGGCACCCAUGACAGUGUUCUCCAAGUCAUACUGUCCAUACUCCAAGAGGUUGAAGCAGCUUUUGAAGGAUAACUACAGUAUCACACCUGAACCUACCGUUGUGGAAUUAGACAAGCAUGAACACGGGGCCGAAUUCCAGGAAUAUUUGGCUAAGGUUACCAAAAGACGUACGGUCCCCAAUUUAAUCGUUGGAGCCAGUCCCGAAAGUAGAGGAGGAUGUGACGACAUUGUCAAGUUGCAUGAGGAGGGCAAAUUGUUGGAGCUUUUGAACGCUUGGGGAGAUAAAAAGAUGUCAGUUAAGCUCAUCGAAAAACCUCUGAAUGCAUAG